AUGGAUUCAGUUUUGCUGAUCUUUUGCCUUGAUACUAUUAGAAUCACACCAAUUGAUUAUUGUACCAAUGAGUUGGAGCAUACAGGGCAAACAUUUUUGUCCUCUUAUAAGCUAUUUUGUCUCCAUAUUCCAUUUCGCUUCACAAACUGUGACCCUCUUUCAGAUAAGCAAGCAGCCAUGUCGAUCUUGUCUAUUCCGUCGCCAAUCUAUUCUUCUUCUUAUUCCUCCCUUUCAAUUUCUCGGCUCCCGUCUUCUCUGACGGCUCAGACACUGCAAUUGAGCAGAAGAGCAAGAGGGAAAGGUGUGGUCGUAAUGAGUAUGGAGGCGGGUAUUGGAGUCAUGGGCACCAAAUUGGGUAUGAUGAGCUACUUCCAACCCGACGGUGAGGUUGUUCCUGUCACUGUCGUUGGCUUCAAAGAAGGCAACAUUGUCACGCAGAUCAAAACUGAGGCCACCGAUGGCUACAACGCCGUCCAGGUUGGUUACCGAAGGGUCAGAGACCGUAAAUUGACCAAACCCGAAAUCGGUCAUCUCGAAAAGGUUGGUGCCAUUCCCAUGCGUCAUCUUCAGGAGUUCCGUCUUCAAACCGUUGAUCAAUUCGACCUUAACCAACGCCUCGUUUUGGAUGAACUUUUCGAGGAGGGUGAUCUUGUUGAUGUCUCUGGCACCACCAUCGGCAAGGGUUUCCAAGGUGGAAUCAAGCGGCAUAACUUCAAAAGGGGUCCAAUGUCCCACGGUUCGAAGAGUCAUAGACAACUGGGAUCAAUUGGUGCUGGAACCACACCUGGUCGUGUGUACAAGGGAAAGAAGAUGCCCGGAAGGAUGGGAGGAACGAAGAGGAAGAUAAGAAAGCUUAAGAUUGUCAAAAUCGAUAAAGAUCUUAACGUGGUAAUGAUCAAAGGUGCUCUCCCUGGUAAGCCUGGAAAUCUUCUGCGGAUAACUCCAGCCAAGAUUGUGGGCAAGAACAUUCCAAAGAAUUAG